AUGCCGUUGGGGAAAAUGAAAGCCGCCAUUUGUGCGGCUCGUAAGAAACCUCUCAUCUCGAUGCUCGCUACGACUCUGCGCCGCUCGGCGGCCCCCAAGCGCGCGCUUGCUCAGCUACAGAGCCAGCGCCGCCACGGCGGAUCGCUCUCCAAGAAUAAGCACAUCGAGAACUGGAACAAUUGGCGAGGAGACUCGGAGAAGCGCUUCAAGUUCAACGGAGAGUUCUUCACGUCCAUCGCGGCCUGGGGUAUCUUCCCUUUCGGACUCUACUACGUCAUGGGUGCCGAUGAGCGCCGUAAGCGUGACCUGCGCAACGGCGUGCCGGAGAACUUUCGCCAGUAGACGACAAAAACGGUUGAAGAUCUACACCAAUAAUGGGUAGACAAGCGAAGCCAUGUUGAAAGAAGGAGCUUGUUUGUAGACGAGUGUGCAGUCAAAAUCGCACAUGUCAAUUAAUCAAAUUCGUUGCGGCUUCGC